UCUAGCUAUGAAGAAAUUACAUGAUAUUCCUGUGGUGUAGCUUUGUGGUGUUCUGCAACACUCAGAAGAUACACAUACAAGCCUUUCCUUCAAUUUGUUUCCUCUCUCUUGUACAGGAUGGCAGAUCAGGACCAUGGAGAGGGUUACCAGUAUAGGACUGCAGGUCACCGUGGUUUGCAGCCGCGGUCCUCACCAGCCUACCCACCGGACUCCAGCAUCCAUCAAUUAGGAGAGAAGAUACAAGACCCCGGCAUAUACAGGAAUGGUGUCUGUCAGAACCCGGACUGCUACGAAGUCGCAGGGUAUCGUGGGACGGCAUGCCGUUGCCAGGAUUGCUACUCGAAGUUUCAGCAGCAGAGGUUGUACAGUAACCGUGCCGACGGCGAGAACCUACAGGUCAACAGGCCCAGCAUCCCCAGUGUCUCUUCUGGAAGUCAGCCGAGGCAAUAUGCAGCACCCUUCUCCACCAAGCCCAAAUCCCUGAGGUCUGGCAUCACCUCCCCACCACCAUCGUACAGCUCACUGCCUUCACGCGCCUCUCCUUCUCCACACACAGCUGGGAGGCAGCAGGCACCAGCCCACUCUCUGCCUGCUACAUCCCCUUAUCCGGAUCCUCCCAGAGAGCCAGUGGGAGGACGGUACAACAGUGCCCCGCCUUUCACUGGUGGAGCCCGCGCAACGUCAGCUCAGCCAAUCGGAGCCGAGAGGAUGGGAGAGGGGAGGUGGGCAAAGGGAGGAGGAGACGUGGACAGCUCAGCUGGAGGGGGACGGGAUAGAGCAGGGACAAGAACCCCGUCUCGUGUACAGUCACAGGCACUUGGACAAGACCAAUACAGUGCUGCAUAUCAGAAGUACCCACUGACGAAGCCCAGGUGCCAGAAUCCAUACUGCAGCAACAAUGCUGACCCAGACUGUGGAGGGUUCUGUUUUUCCUGCAUCUGGGAACAGCGUCAGGGGAGGGAGACAGGACCAAGGAUGGGUCACUCAAGAUAUGGAUCCAGUGCCACUUCACCAAGGACAGCAGGACGGUGGUCAGGGCAUGCUUCUCGUAACCUUCCCAGGCAAGACAACACCACAGUCCUGUCCAGCCCACCUGUACACGUUGACGUCCACGACAACACCAUCAAUUUCAACAUCCAUCCGUCAGCAUUUGCACCUGCUAUGUGGGCCCCCAGUGCAGAGGCAGUCCCUGCUGCUGUGAGGUCUAUCAUCCCAGCUAUUCAAGGUCCUCCGACAGGACAAGCCAGGUUCCCCUCCAUGUGGGAGUCAGAGUUGGAGACAGAGGAAGAGAGAAUCUUCUCAGGCAGGGAGAAAGAGUUGCUGUCACGGGACACGACAAAGCGUAGAUGGGAGCACGAUGUGUGAACAAGAUACUAGUACAUGUAGUCACAGUCACGAAGUAGGGCAGGGUGCAGUUUCCAAAAUGAUCAGCAGGGGGCUCUGUUGCACAUUGGGGGCCAAUAUUGUAAGAAUGAAAAAUUCUGCUUUUUGUGUUGAAAUUCUGGGAUACUGAUACCCAUGUAGGUCUUCAGGAAACUCAUAACAACACAGUAAUGUUGAAAUUUUUUCACUCUGUGUCAUUUUGAUAAGUAGCAGUCUUAUAGUAUGAUAAGUAGCAGGUUACCCAAAUGAAAACGUAACCUUCUUGGCAGAGGUUGCAAGAUAAUGUGGUUUUCUUUGUUGAUUUUCUGUUUGUUGUGCUUUUGUUGCACUGCAGCUCGCUGUAGACCUGGUCUCCAAGAGCUUUAACAAAACAUUUGGAAUUUACUCAUUGACAAAUAGGUCAAUGAGAUGCACAGUAGGACCUUUGAUCGAUCGACAAUUGCCUCAGAAAGAAGGCAUGCCAUGUUGCUCCUGCCAUUAUAUUAUUGUCACAAAUAGCCUGUAAAUUGUGUGUACAGUAAGAUUAUCUGUUAUCUCAAGCAGGUGUUGGCUGUGGCAGAGGCAGACAGGUGAAAAUUGUACAUUGCAGAGACACAAACAAAUCCU